AGGCGGAGGCAGAUGGGGCAGGGAGCGAAAAAUGUUUGAUAAGUGUCUCCUCGCGAUUCGCCCGAUCCCCGCAUCCCCGAAAACAUUCCGAGGACGCGACAUGAAUUUCUGCGAGGCUCAAUUUUGGUCAAACACGUCCGUCUACGAGUCUUUCUUUGACUUUAUAAAAGUAUGGACAGACCGUGGUCCAUCCUGUCUUCUGUCUCGAUCAGAUCUGUCUCCCUUAUCUCCCUUUUGACGCUCGCCCUCCCCACUACCUUUGCGUCGCGCUCGUCUGAUGACCUCUCACUCGUCAAGCGUCAAAGUUUAGGCUUCAAUACGUCUUUCGGUGACAAUGGUGGAUCGUUCAGUUCGGACUUGCCUAUCGCAUGUGUCGAAGGCUGUUUACCAAAUCUUGUCAACUUCCUGGGCUGUACAACGCUCAACGCCUCUGACACGACUGCGGGCGAGCCGACCGCAUCUGACUAUUGCAGCUGGCUAUGUGGAUCCUCCAAUUACACUGGAUUCACUCAAUGUCUCAACUGUGUCAUUGCCAAUGGGGAGCAGGACGUGACGCUGAAUGAUGUCAAUGAAAAGCUGAGACAGGCGAAUGAAGUCUCUCCCAGAAAUGCUCCAAAACCAUCUCCUCCACUAUCUCUCAGAUCACUGCUAGUCCCACGACAACUGCCGCGACGUUCACCACCUUCACCGAGAACACCGUCACUUUCCCCACGUGGACAGGUCUACAGAGCUUUGUAGCUGCUCAAUCGACACCUGAUCCUUUAGGUACAGGGUCGACGAGUCUGCCAGUGUCCAGUGUUUCUGAAUCAAGCAGGGCAUCGGGUGCAUCAACCACCUUGUCUUCCUCCAUGACGAAUCAGAGCCACAACCAAGGUGCCACAUCUUCCGCCGCGGCAGCUUCGGCUUCGGCAUCUGGUGCAGCCAUAUCUGCUGUGACCAAUGAUCAUCUCGCUUGGGUUCAGAGCGGUGCACUAGCUGUCACGAUCUGUAUCCUCAUAGUUUGACAUCAUGUCCAUUCAGCGUCCUAUAGACCCAUGAGCCCCCCCCACGAUAUAAUGAAUCAGGUAGUCU